AUGAAAAGAAUAAUUUUAAUAGCAGUAGUUUUAACACUAUUGUGUGCAUUGAUGGUCAAUGCAAAAGAACACUCUAGAUACCAAAAUAUGGAGGACUUUACGAGUGGCUCUGGUUUAUCCAGCGGAAAAGCCACUGCUUCUGGCUCUGGCUCUGGUUCAGGAUCAGGAUCAGGAUCAUCAUCAUCCAACUCAACAUCAGCAGGAAGUGUAGCCUCAAGUUCAAGUGGAAGUAGUGGAAGUGCAAGUGCAAGUGGUAGUGGAAGUGCAAGUGCUAGCUCUGGAACAAGUGCUACAUCAUCUGCUCCACCAUCAUCAGGAACAACAGCUACAAGUGGUGGUUCAGCAUCAUCAGCAAGUUCUAGCUCUGGAUCAGCUACAUCAUCAGCACCACCAUCAUCAGGAACAACUGCCACUAGUGGUGGUUCUGGUUCAGGAUCAUCAGGUACCACCACAAGUUCAAACUCUGGAACCAGUGCAACAUCAUCAGCACCACCAUCAUCAGGAACAACAGCUACUAGUGGUGGAUCUGCAUCAUCAGCAAGCUCUAGCUCUGGAUCAGCUACAUCAUCAGCUCCACCAUCAUCAGGAACAACUGCUACCAGUGGUGGUUCAGGAUCGGGAUCAUCAGGAACCACUUCAAGUUCAAACUCUGGAACAAGUGCAACAUCAUCUGCUCCACCAUCAUCUGGAACAUCUGCCACUACUGGUGGCCCUGGUUCUGGAUCAUCUAAUUCAGGAUCCAAUUCAGGAACUGGAUCAGGAUCAUCCAACUCUGGUUCCUCAUCAUCAUCAUCAUUCACUACAACUGGAACAGGUUCAUCAAACUCUGGCUCAGCUUCAGGAUCAUCAAACUCUGGUUUAUCUUCAUCUGGAGGUAGCGCAGGUAGUGGAAGUGGAAGUGGUAGUGGUGGAGGUACAGGAAGUGGAACAACAGGUACAAGUGGUGGUUCAGGACCAGGUACUCUUACCGAUAUUGGUGAAUUCCUUCUUGGUUUGGCAGAAGGUCUCGAAAUUUCAGUCAACAAGACAACUCAAGAAUGCUUCAACGACGUCCAAGCUACAUUUAAUGAUUUCGAGACUGGAUUCUCUGAUAUUCAAUCAGGUAUCGAAUCAAAGUCAAUCUCUUUGGUUGAAAGUGGACUCAAAGAUUUUGGAUUGGGUCUCUUGCAAGUCCCAGUUGCCUAUGAACAAUGUAACAUUCAAACGUUUGUCAAUGAAAUCAAAGCUAUUGGUAGUAAAUUGGCUACUGGUACCGGUAUUCUUGAAGUUGUUGUGAUGGAAGUACUCGAUAUUCUAUGUAACCACAAGGUGAUUACAACUGCCUUCCAAAAUGCAAUCUCUGAUUGGAAUGACCAACAAUACAAUGGAUGUGGUCAAAAUGUUGGUAUCAUCAUUGGUAUCAUUCUAAAAGAUAAACCACUCAUUUUAAAUAAUAAUGAAUAUCAAAUUGGUUUUCAAGGUUAA